AUGGUGCUGCCAGCGCAAGGUCUGGAACCUGCCAAGCUCCUCUCUUCAUCUUGCUCUUUGGAGAAGGUUCUGCAGUGCAGCUGCUCCUUUUAUGGGGUCCCUGCACCCUACGUGCGGUGGUGGAUGAAAGAUGACAUCGUGGGUGUGGACAGCACACCCGACAGCCCCCAGGUGGAGUCCACGUUCCUGGGCCCCUGGGCCAACACCACCAUCAGCCUGGCUGAGAUGCCAGAAAUGGGUACACGGCUUCUCUGUGAGGGGAUGAACGAACGCGGAAGCCAUGUUAUGAGCAUCGUACUGAUGUCAAUAAAGAGUCCCUUGGUCACGCAAACAUUCAUCAGCGGGUUCUUCCAGGGUCUUGCCUAUGGAGCCAUUUUGACUACACUGCUCUUCCUCUGCCUCAUCCCAUUCAUAGUGAAACGUAUCAGAAAGAAGCUGGCAAGAAAAAUUGCAGUGAACAAGGAAGAAAAGGACAUUGGAGACAGAGCAUACCAAGGACCCAACAUGGCUCUGAAGCCUGAGGAACCAGAAAAACCCAUAAUCACCCCAUCUUCUGAGAGCCAGAGAUUGGUGGGUACCCACUGUGUCUGCAAUCUAGUCAAGCAGAAUGAUGGACCCAUGACCCUAACUUCCAGGAAAAAAAGAGCUGAGUUGGAGCCGACAAAGCCUGUGAAAACUCCACUCCCAUCUGGAGAGCCCGUGAUCCCACAGAACUGUUAA